AUGUCAUGCAGCCUGGAGGAGCCGGCGUUGCCGACCUUGCUCGGGCGAAAGGAGAGCGUGCGCAAAUCGUACCGACGAGCUCAUGACACACUGAACGACGAGCUCUUGAUCCGCAGGUAUGAAAGCCGCAUCGCUGUUGAUGACCACAAGAAUGCUGCCACCUUCGGCUCGUCUGUGAAGGAGGUCAAGCACAUUCACGCUCCUAAACCCCGACGAGCAGUGGCAUUUAACACAUCUGCUGAUCGUUUCGGCCACAUCGUGGACGGCUCUCCAGGCCCAGCGGCGUACGAUCUUCAACGUUGGCCUGUUGUGCCACGCUGCAGGGCUCAGCGCAAGCUUAAAGUGAUGGCAAGGCCAUGUGAGGUGCAGGAGCUGAAGCCCGUAGUCCUUCCAGACGGAAAGGUUCUCGUCCCCUUUCAGUUCUGA